UCAGGGGCAGCCGUGAGGGGUUUUCUCUGAGGGGAAGGGUCGCGAUGGCGGAGCCGCGCUCUGAGAGCGGCAGCGAGGAGGAGCUGCCCAGCCUGUCCUCCCUGCUGGACCCCCGCGAGCCGAGCCCCUCGCAGCCCCCGUCUCCCGACCCCGAAGUUGUGGUGGUGAGCAGCGGGGGCGAGGAGGCGGCGGAGGAGGUGGUCGCCGCUUUGCGUGGCAGGGUCGCGGCGAGAGGGGGAGCGGGUUCUGAGCCCUGCUGGCAGCCGGGCGGCGGGCUUUGCGCUAGUGGUGACCUGGUGGCUCUGGGCGGCGAAGGGCCGUGGGGAGACCCAGCGCCGUCUGGAGGAGGGUGUUGGGGCGGUGAAAACAGCAUUUGCGGUGCUGAGGGACCCGCGCUGCCGGUCGGCCAAGACGAGCCCAGUAGCCCCCUGGUAAGCGGAGCAAGCACAGAAACGUCCCUCCCUCCCAAGAAGCGACAGUAUAGUCAGAGGGAAAGGGAGGCAGUCUGCCAGGCUGCAUGGGAGAGGAGGAAGGAACGAGAAGCGAAGAGGAGGCUGCAGGAGGAGGAGAAAGAGAGGAAGAGAGCCCUUGCCAAGACGCUGAAAGCUCAGCGGCCGGGAGAGUGCCAGAAAUACAUAACAGUGGUGCUGGAUCCAGCCCUUUUACAGGUAGAAGGUGGUGAGCAGAUCCUUAGGGCUUUGGAGGCUGCCAGUUAUUCCUGUGUGGUUGAGAACCAGGCUGUUCCCUGCAGCAUCACCUGGAGGAGAAAGACUGUGUCGUCUCAGAUGGGAGGAGGAGAUGAACGGACAGAAGAACCAAAUGUCCUGGUUCUGCUUGGCUUGGGGGAGUUUUUGUCCAUGGCUCAAAGUUACAAACAAAAGGUUGACAACUGCACAGAAGGGCAGAAGAUGACCCUGCAGAGCUAUGUAGCUCACGUGAUGGAGAAACUACCCGGGAAAAUUCUAGCUCUGGCAGUAGUUGGAGUAGAAAAUUAUUUCAGGUCCCUCAGAGUUCAGUCAAAACAGAGGCUGCAACAGGCAGCAGCACCUGGGAACCAAGAGGAACAGAGAAGAGGGAGAAAAAAGAAAAUUAAGGAUUCUGGCCUGGAGUUAACCAGAAUGGACAUGGAAGAAGCCCUGGUGGAUCUGCAGCUGUGCACACAAGUCCAGGUCAGCUUUUUUGACAGCUGUGAGGAGCUCGGGGAAUAUGCCACUAUGUUCACAAAAGCUGUGGCUGAGGCACCAUUCAAGCGAGAACGAGAGGAUACGGGGUUCUCUUUCUACUUGGAGAAGCGUUGGUGUGGAGGGGUAAAGGUGGAUCAUUCUGGAAAGGGUCUCUUGAAAGUUUGGAACAGGCAGAUACAGCAAUUUAACCGGGUCAGCCCUGCGAUGGCUGAGGCUAUUGUGUCUGCCUACCCUUCUCCUCAGCUUCUGAUCCAGGCCUAUGGAAAAUGCUCCUCAGACCAGGAGCGUGAGAACAUGCUAGCCAAUAUCCCAGUGCACCGCGGCGAGGGUGUGACAGCCACCUCCCGGCGGAUCGGCCCGGAGCUGUCCCGACGCAUCUACCUGCAGAUGACUUCCCACAAUCCUGACCUCUGUCUGGAUUUCACUGGGUAGCUCUAGGGAAUAAGGGUUUUACUGUUUGUCUGGUCGAAGGGUUCACUUUUGGAUUUCACUGGUAGCUCCAGGGAAUAAGGGUUUUACUGUUUGACUGGUUGAACUGUUCAGUUUUCUUCUGUGAAGAAGUGCUUAGAUAAGUCAUUGAUCCUCGUUUAAAGACUUGAAGCACAUUUAGACUUUAUCAUAGCAGGAAAAAAGUUGGAUAAAGUUGCUGAAUGGCUGGAGUUUAUACAAGAAAAAUGGUGAACGUCUUCCCCAAGAGCAUGAGUUGCACACAGUUCAUAGCACGUCAGCAUUCUUUGUCUUUCUAUAAAAUAAAUCAUUUUGAAUAA